CGGCAAAAAAGAUUUCGCGCGAAAACAGCUUGUUUGGGUGUCGAUCAGCUGGAACAAUAACAACAAAAAACUGCCGAUAAGUGGGCUGCGGGGACGCUUUCACAGACCGGCCGCACCCCGUGGUGAGCGAGCCGUGGCCCGCAUGCUGCUGCGUGGAUGAACACGCGUGGAUUCCGGCUGUUUUAAUUCGCUUUAUUUUGCAUGUUUUGACGGAGCGCUUCCUGCGUGCCCCAACAAAACGAGGGUAAAGAGGACCUGCGGCUAAAGCUAACAUGCUAACUUACCCUGUAUAUCUAUUUGCCACCUAAUUAUUGUACUUUCUCUCUGACUGAUGCUUAGUUUCAAACAUUUACUGAUGGAGAUGAUUUGGGCGCGCGGCGAUGCUUCUGCUUUGUAGAUAUUUCAUGUUGAUAAGCUAACUUCUGUAGGCUGCUCCAAAGUUUUCCUAGCUUGAUAAUUUCGCUCUGUCUUCCAGGUAAAAUAAGAUAAUGUCGCUUUAAGGUUGUAAAGUGCUAGCUUAGUUGCUAACUGGCUCAUUUAGCUGAACUUGUGGGAGUGUUUGUGGUUUUGGGCUAGAAGUUAGCCUGUUAGCAGGGCAGGCCGCGGCCGGACUCUGCUGACAGGAGACACGAAAACAAAAGAUUAGCUUGAUCCUGAGCAAACUCGAUCAUCACCUGCCUUUCUUACUGCCUGCGUCGCUUUUAAAAAAUAUAUUUAAUAACAUUUCUCCCUCUCAGCCUGUAGACGUGUGACGUAUUAUGCAAUUAAGCAAUUUCUUCCUGCUUCAGUUGGCAAUUUCAGUUUGGUAGAACAUCCUGUGUUUUUGUUUCAUCUUUGAUCUUCAUUUUAUUUAGUUCUAGCUUUAAAUUGAAGCCAUAAACAUUUAAACUGUAACCAGCUCUUGAGGAACUGGCCCUGAACUCCUCUGAACACAUCCUGUAGAAAUGUCCCUUUAGCAGCAGAACAUUCUCAGGACUCUGCAGAUGCCAGUAGGAGCUGAUCCAUUCUUCAACCACAGCUUUGCAGUGUGUCACAGCUCAGCACGUCCAGAUUCUAGUGAAGGGGGACCAUGUCAGAAACUCUGAUAACAGGGCACACGUCGGAGGAUUUGCUGGCAGAUUUUGAGACAUUGCUGAACUCUGGAGGUAUUGAUUUGGGUGAGGACCAUCAGAUAGUGAUCAUCACCAGCCCCAGCAAUGAGGGACUCCACCCAGCCGCCGCCCCGAGCAGCACAGGGGAGAUCCUGCUGUUUGCCACGCCGCAGGGCCCCGCUGACGUUGGGGUCCAGGACAAGAGACGGCCAAUCCUGGGGAGACCUCCGGUAAAGAGGAAGUUGGACCUGGAUAGCGAUCAUCAGUAUGUCAGCACUACACGACCAACCACAGGCCAAGUUACACCCUCCACACCUGCUCCUCCUAGAGUUCCUCGAAACUCGACGGAAAAGUCCCGCUACGACACGUCCUUAAACCUGACCACCAAGCGGUUCCUGGACCUGCUGUCCCAGUCGGCCGACGGCGUGGUGGACCUGAACUGGGCCUCUCAGGUCCUGGAUGUCCAGAAGAGGCGCAUCUACGAUAUCACAAACGUCCUGGAGGGAAUCCAGCUCAUCUCCAAGAAGUCCAAGAACAACAUCCAAUGGCUUGGCAAUCGAAUUGAUGCCAACCUGGUUUCCCGGCACAAGGAGCUGCAGAAGGAAGUGUGCGACCUCACAAAGGCUGAGGAGCAAUUGGAUGAACUUAUUUCUAAAUGCACCCUGCAGCUCCGGCUUCUAACGGACGACCCGCUGAACAAGAAGCUGGGUUACGUGCGCUGUCAGGACCUGAGGAAGUCCUUUGACUCCCCAGACCAGCUGGUUAUGGUGAUCAGAGCUCCCCCUGAAACGCAGAUGCAAGUAACAGAGCCCAGUGAGGGCUACCAGGUGUCCCUCAAGAGCACACAGGGUCCAAUAGACGUCUUCCUCUGUCCAGAAGACAGCUCAGGUGUGUGCAGCCCCGUGACAGGAGGUAGUCCUACACAAGGCAACGCCGACCCGUCCCUCGUCCCGCCCCCCUCACACGCUGCAGAGCAGCUACUCCCUCAGAGCUCCGCAGCAGCUCUGGAGGUGGGCUUAUCAUCUCCGGCGUCCACCUCGUCUACGGUAACGGCGGCAUCGCAGCAGGAGACGUCGACGCUCACGUUGGGUGGGGACACAGAGUCGCUUCUGGGAGGAGAUCCGUUCUCCAGCUUGGGGGACAUCGGGGACUUUGACCUGUCGCCCCUGUCGUCCUCGGACCUCCUGAACGGAGAAGGCCUUCCUCUCCCGUUGGACAGCUUCAUCAACCUGUCUCCCCCCCAGAACCACGACUACCACUUUGGGCUGGAGGACCACGAAGGAAUCAGUGAACUCUUCGAUUGUGACUUUGGUGACUUGUCGCACGUUUUGGGGGACGGGUAGAGAAAGAACGAGAGGAAGUGGAUAAACUUCAAUCUUUUCCAACGUAAGACUUAAUGUUUCCUCUGAAGGAGAGCUGUGAACCAACGCUUCACGGCACCAUCGGCUUCGUUUUAUUUUUGCUGCGGGAAAUCGAGUAAUCCGUGUCCUGGUUACCAAAUCUCAAAAUGAUUGCCCUUAAUUGUACAUAACAAUAUAAGCACUUCUCUGUGACUGUUUUUCUUUUUAUUUAGACCAAGAUUUUAGCUUUAGUAUAGCUAUUUAAAUUAUUUAUGUUUAUUUUGAUAUUUCGUACCAAGUUUGUUUUUUUUUGUUUUUAGAUGUUGUGUUGUCCAAGUAGCCUGUGGGGGGGUGGGUGAGUUGCAGCAGUGUCACCUUAAGUUUCCCCAUUACUGAUUCAUGAUAAGUUUGCAGUUUUUGCUGAAUCUGGAAUAAGUAUGAACUGUCAGGGACAUUAGAGCAACUUGCUUUUUGAAAGCAUCCCAGCGUUCUGCAGGAUUUUCUGUCAGAACGGGAAGCUUUAUUUUUAUUUUCUUCAUCUAGCAGAAGGUAAUUACAGCAUGGAAGUUUCUCCCAGACACUGGAAUCCUGAAAAACUGGAUUAUUUCUAAGGUUUGUCAAACCAUUAGGCCAAUCAGCUACUUCGACUGCAACCAUUGGACCUCAGUGAAGGUCAACUAGCUGGUUUUGAAGGAGAAAUUAUGCUUGUUUU